GAGAGAAAGAAAGAGAAAAGUCUCUCUCUAGUCUUUAUAUAACAAAACAAACAACAAUAAUAAUAUGAGUUUUGGAGUCUCAAUUUACAAGUUUUAGAGAGAGAGAGAAGAGCAUGGGAAGACCUCCAUGCUGUGAUAAAGUGGGGAUAAAGAAAGGGCCAUGGACUCCGGAAGAGGACAUCCUUCUUGUCUCUUACAUUCAACAACAUGGCCCUGGUAAUUGGAGAUCUGUUCCUACCAACACUGGUCUCCUUAGAUGCAGCAAAAGUUGUAGGCUCAGAUGGACCAAUUAUCUUAGACCUGGAAUCAAGAGAGGUAACUUUACUCCUCAUGAGGAAGGAAUGAUCAUCCAUUUGCAAGCUUUAUUGGGUAACAAAUGGGCUGCAAUAGCUUCGUAUCUUCCACAAAGGACAGAUAAUGAUAUAAAAAAUUAUUGGAACACUCACUUGAAGAAGAAGCUCAAAUCUGCAUUUGAAGAUAACAACCAUUCUCCUUACACUUCCAAGUCUUCCAAUCACUCACCAACCUCUGAUUUUUUCUCAAAGGGUUUCUUCAGUAAUGAUUCUUCCAAGAGGACUUUCGAUUUCGAUUCCGCCUCCUCCUCUUCAGCUGCCUCCUGUUUCGGCCCCAAUCGAUCCUCCACUGCCUCCUCCUCCUCCUCAACUUAUUACUCGAGUGCCGAGAACAUCUCACGCCUACUCGAAGGAUGGAUGAGAUCUUCUCCAAAGAGAAACGACGACAAUGAGAAUAUACUAAUCCAUUUCCAUGAGAAACAAAAUCAUGAUAAUGGAGAUUCUUCCAUGGUUUCCAUCCAAGGGUUAGAACCGAAAACCGAGGAAGAUGCCGGCGACAGGCUAGCGCUCGGGAAGGAGAUCGAGUCGUCCAUGGUAGUAUCGCCGGAGAACUUGAACAAUGAUGAUCACAAUGUGGGAGGUUGUUGGGAGAAGUCUAGUAAUUUUGAUGUUGGUAAGAUGAUGAAGAUCAAGAAGAAUAGUUUUGAAAAUUGCGAAAAUGAUAAUAUAAUUAAGCAAAAUAGAAGUGAAAAUAAUAUUAACAACAACAAUAAUAAUAACAAUAAUCCUCCAUUGUCAUUUCUUGAGAAAUGGCUGCUUGAUGACACUGUUGUUCAAGUAGAGGAGAUGAUGUCAUUGUCACCAAUGUUCUAACAACUUUGUUUCUUUGUUUUAAUUUUUUUUUUUUUUUAAAUUGAAACUUUUUUUUUCUUCUCAAUUUUAGGGUUUGACUUCAAUGAGAGAUCAAAUGUAGAAAGAGAGAGAGAUAGAGAGAGUUUCUUUUCUCUCUCACUAAAAUGUAAUAUUUUUUAGAUUUCUCAAAUUUCUUAAGCUCAAUUAGUGUUGAAUGAAAA